UAAAAUGUUCAAAGUUUUAUUUUACGCGGCAAAUAAUAUAAAUUAAACUUAAUUUAAAAUAAGUGCAAUAAUUUAACUCUAUUUUUAGUCUUUCAUUUAAAAUUAAUUAUUGUUUUUAUUAAAAUUACUAUUGAUUUUCAAACCAUAAUGUACGAACCAAACAUAGAACGUCAAUAUUACUUAUUUAUAAACUAACAGAUUGUUAACAUGACAAAUUUAACAAUAGCAAAUGACAAAAUAUAUUUAAGUUUUUCAUGAUUUAAAAGUUUACCAAACAUUGUACACAUCAAGAUGAAGAGAAGCAAGGAAUUAAGAGACAAAUCGGAGGACUUAGAAAAGUUAGCAGUAGUGUUUUCUAAAUAUGAAGUACUCUUCAAUCCCUCGCAUAAUAAGACCAAAAGUCUCCAAGUCAAGCUCGCUCAAGCAAAGGCAUACAAGGAAUUGGUCAGAGAACUUAAUUUACCAGAUAUCAGUACAUUGAAAGCACAAAUACAACGCUUGAAGACUUUCUCCUACUGCAAGAUGCGUCACUGCGUAAGCCGAUCGGUAAACCGAGGACUACACGGUCAUCGCGAUGCGUUGAAAUAUGCGCCGGAGUGGCUCAAAAAACUUGACGAACCUUGGAAUUUGUUCGAGAAAGCUUUCAAGGCCGAGUCGCGGAGCGGGCUGCGCAGCGGCGGCGCGGCGCGGCGCGCGCACCACGUGGUGCGGGAGCUGCUGCGCUGCGCCGAGCGCGCGGCGGCGCGUGCGCGCUGCCCGCGGGCCGCCGCGCGCGCGCUGUCGGCGCCGGCCUCCUUCCAGCCCUUCGCGCGCGCCGCGCGCCUCGACCUGGACCUCGUGCACGGCAUCUGGACCCGUUACUACGACCAAGCUGUUCACAAAUUAAUGGCCUUGAUUAAUGUAGGUGACUGCUCGGAAAGACUCGAUACGUUAAAACGUUUCACGUUGCAAGAUUGGCGCGUCAUAGACGUCAGCCUACUUUAUGAUGUCCGCCUGCGGAUCGUACGAGAGCAAUAUUUUUACAACGCUGUGACUUUGUAUCCCAUGAUCCUGCUCUUCAAAUUAAUGAUUGCGGCUAAAGAAAAAAUUGACCAAAGAAAUACAGCUAAGUUAAAAUCAAAUGAGUCCCACACUGGGUGCCAAAAAGAUAAAAGUGGCGCCCGAACCGAGACCGAAGGAUCGAAUACUGAUAAUGAUAAAGAAACGAAUGUUACACCAACCUGUAGAAAAGAUUCCGACAAUACUGUAUCGACAUCCCAAGCACAGCAUACGAGUGAGCUCAGUGAAGACGAAUUAUCGACACAUAAAGAAAAAUUAGAGAAAAAACCUCGCAAUGAGUACGAAACCGCGGAGAUAUGGGCAUUAGUGCACUCGAAAUACACGAAUUGUGGCCGGUCUGCGUCAGCGGUGUUGCUGCAAAAGCGUUGGUACGAGAUAAAGCAGCAGACCCGCGCGCUGCUGUGCGGGGCGACGCCGGUGCCGCUGCUGCUGGCCAUGGGCAAGAGGUUUCCGUUUAUUUUGACCGAGACGUUGCCCUCUUGGAAGGAACUCGUGAGGACUGAUCGAGUGUUCUUGGACAGUGAUUUAGAACCUUAUAAAUUUGAACUAUUUAAUACAGACUUGGAGGUACCUGAUAUUGAUGAAAAUAUAUUGUUUGAUGAAAUUAACGAUUGGAGUGAUGACGAAGUCGAAAUAAUUAAUGAGAAUAGAGAAGUCAUAACAGUGUCCGAUUCUGACGACGAACAGAUAAACAUUACAAAUAGAAAACCAAAUAUAGCUGACUUGCCAAGUGAUAAUAUAAAUAGGGAUGAAACAAGUUUAGAAAUAGAUAAAAUAAAUACUAAAAUAGAUGAAAGUGACAUUAGUAUUAAAACAAUAGAAAGUUUAGAUCCAACGAGCGCUAAAGUUAAAAUAAUUUUCGAAGAUGACUCAGAUUCCGAUGUCAAUGAAUAUCUGAAUUGUCCUGAAGAUAUUAAGGAUAUAACGUUAGCUUUGAAUAGUAAUGAAAAUCUCAAGGUCCUCAAAAGUAAUAUAUAUGAUAUAAAUACUCAAUUUAGUCAGGAAACUGAACAAAAUAGUUCAAAAAAUACAAGAACCAAAGACAAGGACGCGGGCCCUUCAAGUGAAUGUACGAGUUUAAGUAUCGAAAGAUCGAAUAUUAUUAGUAAUGAUAAAAUCGAAACGAAGACUGUAAAAGAUGAAAAACUAAAUUAUUUACUUAAUACAAUUUCUACAAAUAAACUUAACACUGCAUCACACAAAGAUAACAUUGCCAUCAAAAACGAAACUAACGAAAAGUUAGAUGACACUAAUACACAAUUAGAAGCUAUCGUUGAAAACAAUGACACUGUAAUUAAAAAUGAAAAAACAGUCGAGAAUUAUUUAUUAACUGAUGAUAUAUCGCACAGUCACGUUGAAGAUACUAGUCGUGUUAACGACGUAACUAGCUUGAUUGUUAAAGAAUCUGAAGAAGAUGAAAUUGAGUCUCUAGAUGAUUCUGUUAAAUGUGAAAUUGAUGAUAAUGACGACUCCACAUUCGUUGACGAGAAACUUGUAAAAUUAUCUCAGGUGGUGUUAACGCCGCUCGAAGAAAUAGACGUUUGGAGGAAAUUUUCGAAGUUAGAUACCAUAAACUGUAGACGAUUCAGCGUCAGAAAUUUCUCCAAAGUUAUACAUGUAACUUCGAAGCAACUAGCGAAAUGCCGGCCUUAUGUUCCUCCGUAUCGAGCCUCGAGAAACGGCAUCUCGAGACAGAAGAACUCGGAAUUAAAUCAAAUGGCGAAAAGUUUGAGACAUAAGCGAAGAUCAUUAACCAAGCGCUUGAAGUUGCCUCGGACAUAUUUCUCGCUUGAAUUUUGGAAUGAGAGGAACGUCGGAUUGCUGGAGUCGUGUAAGCCCGUGCUCGUCAGAUUGGAAAGGGUGUCGAGGGUCGUGAAGAAGGUCGAGCUGGCUAAUAUCGAGGAAGUUCGACGAAUCAAUAGGACGAUUUUGACGGCUCAAGUCGCUCCAAUAACCGUCGGGAGCAAUCGCACGAUUAUUAUCGAUUCCACUAAAGUCCAAGCACCGAUAUCAGAAACACAGGUUCGACCCACGAAUAUUUCUAUCGAUAAUCAAGAAUCGAAUGACGUAACACCUAAAACUCCUGCAUACUAUGUAAACCUACCCAGCGAAACUGAAGUGAGAGAAAUGAUAAAGAAAAUUGUGAGGAGAGGCGGAUUGGCUAAAUUACCAGACCCAGUUAUCGUUUUGCCCGCGAAGAACGACGUCGACUUUGGAAACAAACAGAGAAGGCUGGACAGGGACAUACGAGAGAUGAGCACGAGGCUGUUGAAGCAGCAACAUGAAAGAAUAGUAAAUAGGAAAGAAGAGACGAAACAAUCUCUGUUCAAUAAAGAGCUCAAGCUCGAUCCGAACAUAAACUGUUCUCAAGAGUGGCAGCGGCAGAAGUCCCAAAAUCUAAUAUAUUUCAACCUAAGACCCAAAGCUGACGAAACAGAUAGAAUAGAAAUUCAAAAUCAAACAAGUAAAAAUGUAAAGAAAAAGCGUAAAAAACCUAAGAAACCUAAAGAAAAGACAGAAGAAAAUAUUAAAAAAGAAGCAAGUGUAAUUCAAAGUGAAAACGUCAAUGACACAAUAAAACGAAAACAUGAAACUAUGAGUGACGUAACUAACGUUACCAAAGAUUUAGAAAAUAAUUUCUCGACAGUCACGUGUGUGAGUUCUCGUAAAUCAUCUGAAAGUGACAGUGAAAUGGGUAGACUAGUAAUUAACCUAGAUACAACAACAGAUCAAGAUUUAAAAAGGAAAUCUUUAGACACGCCACCAGAUACUCUAUGUAAAAUUACAAAAGUCGAAUCUAAGGCUACUAUUGAGACCGAGAAUACAUCAACAAUUGCAUCUGACUGCGUGAUCGAUCUGUGCGAUGACAGCAAUGAUAAAUUAGAUAUAAACGCACUUGCGAAUGUUCCUCGUGAUGGCAUUAAAGCACACGAUCAAGAAACACAGAACAAUGCAAGUGUACCGCAAAUAAAAAUAAAAAUAGUUCAAAACACUAUAGAAAUUAAUGGCGACUGUGAAAGCAAAGUACCAGAGGACAAGAGCGGUGAAAUACUAACAUUCCUAUCGAAAGUCGCCGCGAGAAUACAAGCGAAAAACAAAACAGCGGUGUCGACCCCGACUCCACUCACAAAUAACUCCACCGUGUAUUACGUUAUAAAAUCCGUCGACAAAGACCAGCAAUCAAAUGAAACGACUGACCUUAAAACACCAAACGCAAUCACAGAAACGAGCUGUAACAGAAACACCAACGUCCAACCAUUGAACAUAAAAACCGAUGUGCCGAAUGACGCGAAUGUCUCGAUCACUGCAAACCCCUCCUCGCUGUACUAUGUAGUGAAGGUACCGGAUCUUCAAGGGGGAGGGCCUUCUGUCAUACCGGAAUCACUGAGCCCCCCAAUGCCUAUAAUACAAAGCGUAUCCUCUCUAAAUCAAAUACCUCAACGAAUCCAAAAAUCUACAUUUCCGCCCAAUUUGCGAACGUAUCCUCAAAAUUUGGGAGACGAAAUCGACAUUAACUAUAAGAAACACAUGUCAAGCACUUCAAUGCCAAUGCGAAGAAACAACUCGGUGCCAAUGCCAAUAACGUCCGUAACGGCUUUGCCCAGUCACGAUUUGAAAACAGAAUCUUCUAGUAUGCCAUGGCCGAACACGAAUCAUCCAGCAACAGUGGCCAGUCAGAAAAUUUACCCGGUCACUGUGACGAGUGGUAACUCUAGAAGCGAGACUGCAAAAGAAGAAGUGGAAGGUGGUAUUCAAGUGAUACCGAUCUGGAACGUUCCCGAGACGAAUUUUAUGCCCAAGGUAGCGACAAAGCUAUCCACCAGCACUCAAGCAAACGAUUUGUUAUCUGUGAAGAAACAAACCCAGACAUCUCCGCGUAAACGAGUAUAUGGAGCAUGUAAAAAACGCUCGCCGAUAAUUGCGGACAAAUCUUUCAAUGACGAAGUGUGUCUCGUUAAAGAAGAAUUUCCACUCGAUAUUGUAGAGAACGGAGUUGGUUUACCUUCAAGUAAUGAUGCUCCACCUGACAAUUCUCUAAGACCAAGUAAUGUAAUUAAGCGAGAAUUCAGUGACGAUGAGUCAAAUUUUAAUUAUAUUGUAAAACUAAAACCAUCGAAGAAUAAUCCAAUAAAUUUAGGACAGUCUAGUGGUCAAGACGAUGCAGAACCUUCGAUGCUAACUAUAAUUAGAGAGAAAAAACGCAAAACAGGCUGCGAGCGUGUCAGAGCAUAUAGAGCGCGUCAAAGAGCCUUAAAAGCAUUAGCCGAUCGCAAUAAAAAAAUAAUCAUUGCGAAAACAUCGACAGAACGCAGUCGAGCGUUUAGGGCGCGUCAAAAAGCUAAGCAAUCUGUCGAUGGUAGUCAAACUACAAAUAAAACUUCAACCGACGAGUCUGAUAACGACGCCAUUAACAAACCACUUCAAGAUGAAAAUAUUUUAAAAUCGCCAUCAGAAAAUAGUAGAGAAUAUAAUGCGUGUCAAACGACCUUAAAUAUCCAUCAUAAUAAAAUUAUAAAUAACAGUUCGUCGGAAUCAGAAGACUUGAAAACUGAAGUUACUGAUCAAGAAACAAGUUCUUACCUAUCUGAUGCAUCGAACGAAGUAUCCGUAAAGGAUGAGCCUAUCUUUUACGGAUCAGAAUGAACCUCAAGUAAAAUUUAAAAAGACGUUACGACCGAUACUCUAAUGAAUGAACUAUGCUCAUCAAAUACAUAGAUUAUCAGCAUAGCGAAGCAAGCGAAGAAACGAAGCCAAACAUUAGUGAUUCGAUUGGACGUACAGCUCGACUUGAAUGUAAUGUUCCGUAAAUUUUAUAAUAACACUUGGAUUGUAGAAGUUAAUUUGACAACUCUUUGAAAUAUCAGGUAAACUAUCUGAUCGACGUUAGAUAACAACUAUUAAACAUGGAAAAUCAUAAAAUUAAAGAUUAAAUGGUGAAGAAAUACCCUGGAAGGAAAGCUGAUGGCAAAAAUACAUCAGCCACUCGACAGCAAACGUGUAUAUAUGUUAUUAAGUUACAGAAAACUACGAAAAAAACGAUGAUAUUAAUAUGUUUCCGAUUUGUCGGGCAAUUUCUUACAGUAAGAGUUGAGUUGGAUGAUUUAGUGUUUUAAUCCAACAAUGGGAUCAUGAUUUAUCAUCUAGAAUACGUUAUCUUUCACAAACUAACUAAACGGGAUGCUGAAAUUGAGUUUAUUAUAAGUUUAUCCUAAAUGUUUAAGAAAAGAUCGGAAUUUCUAACGUCGAGAAACUUCUUUGUCGAAACAGAUAACAAUUAGCAAAUACAGCUAUCAGACGUAAAAAGUAUUGAUGGUACUGAUGUACACGUUCUAAUGAACGCUGGUACUUAUAUACAGUUCUUCACUAGUUUCCUUUAUAGAGGAGCUGGUUUAAUCCAAAAUGCUUAUUGAUUGUCAGUAAUCUGCCACCAGCUCGGAGAGAAACACCUCAAGACUGAAAAAAAACCGGAAGAAACUCUUUGUUAUACCAAAAAUAUAAAUAGUGUUGCAUGAAUGAACGAAUUAACUGUUUCAGUGUAAUAUUAAUUGGUGUUUGUUUGGAGAACUCUGUGGUCUGGUGCUCAAAGUGUGUCAAAGUGUAUCUUUAAAUGAAAUUUAGUUUAAGCCACACCUUGCCAUUUGCCAAAUCAUUUUAAACAUAAUUUAUUUUUGCCAAAACAGCAUUUUAGCAAUACUAAAGGCAUUACAAAGGAAAAUUAUAAAGGCAUACCAAUACUAAUAUAUUUAAAUGCGAAUUUCUGUCUGUCUGUUGCUCUUUCACGGCCAAAACACUGAACCGAAU